UAUUUGUAAACGAUUACUUAGAAAAUUUUAUAUGCUCCUACUUGUAAUUGAUAUCGAAACAAUGCAGUCAUCUCAACUUUGUCUUUUUGUUAAUUUAAUAAUUGUAUUAUCUUGAAUGACGGCCGGUGAGUCAGUUCAUUAUGGACUUUAUUUCUUUGAUUCUUUGUAUACUUCAAUUUAAUUGUGUUCCCGCUUUAGCUUGAAUAAAACGUGGUACUCUCUCCGUUUGUGAAUAUUUAAAACUAUUAAACUAACAUGAAACCUAAAUCAAUAUUAACGCGAUUCCAUAAUUGUUAUAUACUACGUGAUAAUAAAAUAAUCAAGGAAGAUUUAUGGAUCCGUGACGGAAAAAUCGAAAAUCCUGAGCGAAUAUUUUACGUAGAGAGCCUUGAAGCAGACUUAACUGUAAAUUGCGAGGACUUACUCAUUACACCUGGGUUCAUUGACAUUCAAAUAAAUGGUGGCUGGGGAGUUGACUUCUCAUAUGACUCGGAAAAUGUUCAAGAAGGAUUAGACAAAGUUGCAAAAGAAUUAUUAGCACAUGGAGUUACCUCCUUCUGUCCCACCAUGGUUACAUCUGAAACAGAAAAAUAUCACAAAAUCUUGCCUCAAAUAAAAAAAACACAAGGUGGGAGGCAUGGUGCUACUAUUCUUGGUGUUCACUUAGAGGGCCCAUUUAUAAGUCCGGCUAAAAAAGGUGCUCACUUAGAUGAAUAUAUUAGGAUUCCUGAGAAGGGACUAGAAACUAUAAAACAAGUAUACGGUCCUCUGGAUGACGUUGUGAUUAUCACCCUAGCCCCUGAACUACCAGGAGCAACGCAAGCUAUAAAGGAUCUGACGAAGUUAGGUAUAAAAGUAGCUGUUGGUCAUUCAACUGCAGGGUUAGCACAAGGAGAGGAAGCAGUGAGGAAUGGCGCCAACCUCAUCACACAUUUAUUCAAUGCCAUGUUACCAUUCCAUCAUCGUGAUCCUGGUUUAGUAGGACUAUUGGCAUCUACAACAGACAAACAAAUAUAUUACGGAAUUAUAUCCGACGGUAUACACACACAUCCCUCCGCUCUCCGGAUAGCUUGCAGGGCUAAUCCUGAAGGACUGGUUUUGGUAAGCGAUGCCGUAGCAGCUCAGGGACUAGCAGACGGUAAUUACCGAAUAGGACCGCAAGCAGUAACAGUUGAGGGUGGCCAUGCCUACCUUACAGGAACUAAAGUCCUAUGCGGCAGUACCACUGCGUUGGAUACGUGUGUACUCACUUUCAAAGAAUCUAUAGAAUGCUCAUUGGAGUACGCUCUGGAAGCGGCUUCGUUACAUCCAGCACGAGCACUUGGCGUCGACGAUAGGAAAGGAAAACUGGACUUUGGUUAUGAUGCAGACUUUAUCAUUGUACAACCUAAAACAUUAAAAGUCCUAUCUACAUGGAUAGCAGGUGAAUGCGUUUACACUAGUCAAAAUGACAUAACGCACAAUGCGUAGAUAGACAUAUCUAGAACAUUAAUCGUUCUAAAAAAUAUAUACAUAUCUUGUAUGUUUGUAGCUUAAUUU